AUGUCUGCCAGUUCAUUUCAAUCUCUCCCGAGCGCCAUUGUUGAUGAAACAAUAUACUUGGGCUCUUUUGCUCAUGCUAGAAGCAAGCCCUGUUUUGAGAAGUUGAACAUUGGAUGUGUUGUGAAUUGUGCGAGAGAGUUGAGCAACCAUUUCGAGAAUGAAAAAAUUUCAUACUUUAAUGUGCCAAUCAAUGAUGAAACGCAUGUUGACAUUUUGCCAUACUUUGAUCAAGUAUUUGAAUUCGUAAAUUCGUUCUUGGAACAAUCUCAACAACAUACAAAAGCAUCUGUUUUAUUUCAUUGUGCAAGUGGGUGCUCUCGGUCUGCGUCCAUGACGAUUGCUUUUCUCAUGAAGAAAAAUAAUUGGGACUUGAAAACAGCCUAUGAGUAUGUCAAACAAAAGAGAAGUCAAAUACAACCAAACGAAGGCUUUGUAGAGUGUUUAUUGAAAUAUGAAAACAAACUAUUUCCAAAUCUUGCAAAUCCAAGUGUUGAUAUUUCACAAUAUCACAAGUUGUAG